CUCAAACCUCAACAAACAUCUUGUCUCCAAAAUUUCCUUUGAGAAUUGUGCUCCCAAACAAUGAACACUGCUCACAAAGAAUGUGUUGAUUUUGUGGUCAUCCUUUGUAUCGGUCCUAAAAAAAUAUUGGCUCUUUGAUCCAAUCACUUCUUAUAUUUCAUUUCAUUCCAAGAAAACAAUAGAAAAAUCUUUAUUAUUAUAAACAAACAAGUUCUUUUUGCAUGUGCCAUCUUAAACCUUUAUCUUCAUUCAUUCAAUCAUCUUCUUUUUCAGUCAAAAAUUCUCAUCACAUUUCCCAAAUCAUACAUUUCUAAUUUCACCACCAUUCACACGUUUCUUCUCCCUUUAGUACUAUAUAUCCUUUUUUCUCUCUAUAACAAACUAUUCCUCACACACACUCUUUCUAUUUUCCCCUCAAAAUUCUCUUCUCUUUUUGUAUCUUUCCUACCAAAUGCUCAUCUUUUUAUAAUCAAAUCUUUCAUCUUUUAAUACCCUUUUAGAUAAAUUUUAAAACUUUAUAAAAAAAUUGUAUCAAGAUUUCAAAAAAAAUCAAGCAAUGGAGAUAGAACAAAGUUACAAACCAAGUUCAUUAGGAAAUGAAGUAACAUCAAAUUUACCAUCUUUGAGUCCAUUGAGUGAAACCCUAUGGAGAGAAAAAGCAAAACCAGAUAUCAUUGGUGAUGUUUCAGCAAGAUUAACAUGGAAAGAUUUAACUGUUAUGGUAACCCUAAGCAAUGGUGAAAUACAAAAUGUUCUUGAGAAUUUAACUGGUUAUGCUGAACCAGGCUAUUUCACUGCUCUUAUGGGACCUUCUGGUUCUGGAAAAUCAACUCUUCUUGAUGCACUUUCUAGUCGUUUAGCUUCUAAUGCUUUUCUUUCUGGUACUAUUCUUCUCAAUGGUCGCAAAGAAAAGUUAUCUUUUGGAACUGCUGCCUAUGUGACACAAGAUGACAACUUGAUUGGAACCUUAACAGUAAGAGAAACAAUAUGGUAUUCAGCUAGGUUAAGAUUACCAGAUAAAAUGUCAAGAUCAGAUAAAAGAGCAUUAGUUGAAAGCACAAUUGUUGCAAUGGGUCUUCAAGAUUGUGCCGACACAGUUAUUGGUAAUUGGCAUUUACGUGGGAUAAGUGGUGGUGAAAAAAGAAGAGUUAGUAUUGCAUUGGAAAUAUUGAUGAGACCUAGAUUGCUUUUCCUUGAUGAACCAACCAGUGGUCUUGACAGUGCUUCAGCUUUCUUUGUGACUCAAACACUACGUGCAUUGGCAAGGGAUGGAAGAACAGUGAUAGCUUCUAUUCAUCAACCUAGCAGUGAAGUGUUUGAACUAUUUGACCAAUUGUAUUUGCUUUCUGGUGGCAAAACUGUUUAUUUUGGACAAGCCUCAGAUGCAUAUGAGUUCUUUGCACAAGCUGGAUUUCCAUGCCCUGCUUUGAGGAACCCUUCUGAUCAUUUCCUUAGAUGCAUCAAUUCUGACUUUGAUAAGGUCAAAGCCACUCUUAAAGGGUCCAUGAAAUUGAGGUUUGAGGCAAGUGAUGAUCCUCUAGAUAAGAUCACCACUGCUGAAGCAAUCAGAACACUUAUUGACCACUACCGCACUUCUCAACACUCUUAUGCAGCAAGACAAAAAGUUGAUGACAUAUCCAAAGUUAGAGGGACAGUGCUUGAAGCAGGAGGAAGUGAAGCAAGUUUCUUGUUGCAAUGUUACAUAUUAACCAAACGUUCCUUCAUUAACAUGUCAAGGGACUUUGGUUACUAUUGGCUUAGGCUUGUAAUCUACAUUGUUGUCACUAUCUGCAUUGGAACCAUUUACUUGAAUGUUGGAACUGGCUACAACUCAAUUCUGGCUAGGGGUUCAUGUGCAUCUUUUGUGUUUGGAUUUGUCACCUUCAUGUCAAUUGGUGGAUUCCCUUCGUUUGUUGAAGAUAUGAAGGUUUUUCAAAGGGAGAGGCUAAAUGGACACUAUGGUGUGACUGCAUUUGUUAUUAGCAACACAUUAUCUGCAACACCAUUUCUCAUAUUAAUCACUUUUCUCUCUGGAACAAUUUGUUACUUCAUGGUUAACCUACAUCCUGGAUUUUCUCAUUACGUUUUCUUUGUGCUGGCCCUUUAUGCAAGUGUCACAGUUGUUGAAAGCUUAAUGAUGGCAAUUGCUAGUAUUGUUCCUAACUUCCUCAUGGGCAUUAUCAUUGGAGCAGGAAUUCAAGGUAUCUUCAUGUUGGUCUCUGGCUACUUUAGGCUCCCACAUGAUAUCCCAAAGCCUGUUUGGCGUUAUCCAAUGUCAUACAUCAGUUUCCACUAUUGGGCAUUACAGGGCCAAUACCAGAACGAUCUUAGGGGUUUGUUAUUCGACGGUGAAACACCUGAUAUGCCAAAGAUAGCUGGCGAAUACAUCUUAGAGUACGUAUUCCAAAUCACUGUGACUAGAUCAAAAUGGAUAGAUUUAUCGGUCAUCUUAAGCAUGAUUAUCAUAUACCGCAUUAUCUUCUUCGUCAUGAUCAAGGUCAAUGAGGAUGUUACUCCAUGGGUUAGAGGGUAUCUUGCUAGGAGAAGAAUUCAACAGAAGAGUGGAGCUCAAAAUACAACUAUUGCACCUGAUGUUCUCACCCAGUCUCCAUCUUUGAGAAACUACAUUUCUAAUCAAAGUAGGAAUUAGUCCUCUUUUGAUAAUAUUUCACUUGAAAUUUGUCAUUUGAAUUUUUUGUCUAUCUCUUUUUGAAAAAUUAAAUGGUUGAUUAAGAUUUAUAAAGAGAGAUAGAUAUUAAAAAUUUCAAAUGAUAAAUUAUAAUGUGAAAUUUCAAUUGUGGUACAUUUCCUUGAAGAUUAGGUUUUCUAAGACCAAAAAUUGGUGUCCUCUAAGUUUGAAUGAAGACUUAAGCUUUUAUUACAAAAAAUAGGAUUAGCUAUAUAUAACUACAAUUUUAUCAUUUUCAUUGGUGUGUUUAGACUUUCAUUAACAUUGAUGAUAUAUAUGAAAUUUGGAGUGUUUAAUGAUGUCUUCCUUUGUAA